UUGACCACAUUUGUUGUCGUCACAACAUUUCCGCUUUUCAAAAGGAAAAGCCUUACUUUGAAAGUUGUUUCCGGAAGUUUCAUUGUAAGUGGCUUGUGAUUCCACGCCGGUUUCGUGUCCCCUCGGAAAAGAUGAGCAGUCAGGGUCAGAGCAGUGCCCCCAUGAGGGUGUUGGUGACGGGAGGAUCUGGUUUGGUGGGUCAGGCAAUACGUCGCGUGGUCAAAGAGGAGGGAGGAGCCAAGGAGGGAGAAGAGUGGAUAUUUCUGUCCUCUAAAGAUGCCAACCUCAUAAACAAAGAGGAGACGCUGGCAGUGUUUAAGAAGCAUCGGCCCACGCACGUCAUCCACCUAGCUGCGAUGGUGGGAGGGCUUUUUAAGAACAUGAAGUGCAACCUGGACUUCUUGAGAAACAACAUCUACAUCAACGAUAAUGUGCUGCAGGCGGCACAUGAAGUGGGCGUAGUCAAGGUGGUGUCCUGUCUGUCUACUUGUAUCUUUCCCGACAAAACUACAUAUCCUAUUGAUGAGACCAUGAUCCACAACGGUCCACCACAUGACUCCAACUUUGGCUAUGCCUAUGCAAAGAGAAUGAUCGAUGUCCACAACAGGGCUUAUUUCCAGCAGCACGGAGGCUGCUACACAGCCGUCAUACCCACAAAUGUGUUUGGUCCUCACGACAACUUCAGCAUCGAGGACGGCCAUGUCCUUCCGGGACUCAUACACAAAACAUACAUAGCUCAAAAGGAGGGAAAGCCUCUGACGGUCUGGGGUUCCGGUAACCCAAGGAGACAAUUCAUCUACUCUUUGGACCUGGCUCGACUCUUCCUCUGGGUCUUGAGGGAGUACCCAGAAGUUGAUCCAAUCAUUCUCUCUGUUGGUGAGGAAGAUGAAGUUUCCAUCAAAGAAGCAGCAGAAGCUGUGGUUGAAUCUCUGGGCUUUAAAGGACAAGUAGUGUAUGACACCAGUAAAGCUGACGGCCAGUUCAAGAAAACGGCGAGCAAUGCUAAACUGCACCGCUACCUGCCAGACUUUAAAUUCACCCCAUUCAAAGAAGCUCUAAAGGAAACAUGCGACUGGUUUGUCGCAAACUAUGAAACUGCCCGGAAGUAAAAGCUCUGCAGAACCAGCAGCAGAGCGGAGGUCAACGGCUCCAGAGGACAUGUUUGUGUUCAGGGGGACAGAUGUUUUGAUGGCGCUGCAGGCAGUAAAGUGUCUUAAGCAUAUUUAUGUUGGUUUCAUUUGAAUAAUCAGCUCAAUUGAAAUGGAGGUGAUGGUAACAUUUUCAAAAUAUUCAACAUUUCUUUACGUUUUCAGUGGGGAAACUAGUUUGCACUUAAUGAUCUUGAUUGUGAAAAACCUGACAUGCAUUUGAUUCAACGGGGCAAUUUUCCUAUGUACACUGGCACAGAAUAAAUUUUUUUUAUAUCUA